AUGCUUGACCAGCGUUCCCGGGCAGUGAAAGGCGACGAGCGACACGCAUCAGCUUGGCGAUGGCUACCGGGAGCAGCUGCGGCUGGAGCCGCUACCAUAGUGGGAGCUGUGGCGGCCCUGGCUAUAGGCACUUUUGAUGCUAAAGGCGAUGCAACUCCUACAGCACAGGUGCCAUCAGCAGGGGUUGGAGAUGUCGGCGAGCAGGAGGCGACACUAAAGCAACUGCACGAGUGGCUAACAAGCCAGGGCGCAGACUUGGGCAAGGUUAAGAUCAUGAAAAGCCAGGCGGGCCCUGGCGCAGGCCUUGGUAUUUUCUCCGCAGUCGCCGCCGCUGCACCGCGUCCCGGAGCUCCGUGGUGGUCGUGGCUGUGGCCGCAUCGCAACCACACGUCCGGCGCGCAGCGUGAGCCCACCACGUUGGCCUCGUUUCCGCUGGACGCGGCGAUCACCGUCCGCACGGCCUGCAACGACCCCCAGGUGGGGGCCCAAUUCAGCUGGAUGCUGGAUAAGCACCUUUUGGACGAGCGUACGGCAGUGAUGGUGUAUCUUCUGAUCGAGCGAUUGCGCGGAGAUAAAUCACGAUUUGCGCCUUGGAUUCGCGCGCUGCCCACUACGUUCGAUGUGCCCAUCGCGUUCACGGCUCAGGAGUUAGCCGAGCUUCGCGGCACGGCGCUGCACCGCGCCACCGCUGCGGUAGUGAGGCGACUGGAGGAGACUUGGUCCCGACUGGAAGGGCCGCUGAAUGCGGUGGCCCGGGAGCUGGGGCUACCGGCGCCAGGCUGGAAGGACUGGCUGUGGGCGUAUUGCGUGUUUUGGAGCCGAGGACAGAGCUUACCGGUGCCGGAGUCAGGAUCUGCGUCUAGUGCCCUUGUGGGUCACUCGUCGAAGGGCAGCGACAAGAUCCCCAUUCAAAUCCUGGAGGGCCUGGUGCCAGGACUGGACUUCUGCAACCACCGCCUCGGGCCGCCUCCGCAGUGCUGGUGGGAGGUGGUGGCGCCUGAGCGACCCAAGGGAUCGCCAGCCGCAGGGCCCGGCUCGCCGGCGUCCGCGUCCUGCUCGGCAUCGUCACCGUCGUCAUUGCAAGCCUCAUCCGCACGCAGCCACAGCCUUGGAGCCCCCGAUAGUGCUUCUCUGGGAGCCACGCUCCAUGGGGGGGCUCAUGUGAGGCCUGGAGAGGAGCUUUACAUUAGCUAUGGCGAAAAAUCGAAUGAAGAGCUGCUGAUGCUGUAUGGCUUUGCGCUGGAGGACAACCCGCACGAUCACCUCAUGCUCUACUGCCCGCUGCCGCCGCGGGCGGAAUGGGACGACGUGAUGUAUGCGAGGAUGGAGCUGCUGCAGGCCUACGGGUUACGGCCGCAGUUCUUUCUGCCACAUCCCGACCUGGUACUAGCUGCGUCGUCAGGCUCGGCAGUGGGGAGUCACAAAGGCAAGGCGAGCGACCGCAAGCGAGCAGGCGGCAGCGCAGCAGCCCUCGUGUCGGCUUCAUUCCCCGCUGCAGCGGCGGCCGCGGCCACGAGGUUCACCGCCACGGAUGCGGCUGACUCUGACGCGGGAGGGGCGUCUAAGCCUCCCCUGGAGCUGCCCCCCGAGGUCCUGGACACGCUGGAGGUCUUUGUGCUCAACUUCCAGGAGCUGGCGGUCCGCAGCAACGCGUUGCAGGCGAAGAUGGAGGAGCGCCGGGCUGCACGAGCUGCAGGCACUCCGCUGGCUGCUAUGUCACAGCACAGCCCCGUGCUGGAGCUGGCAUCGCUGCGCAGCCGCUACGAGCGCAUGAGCACUGCGGAGCUACGACACUACCUGCAGGCCCUGGGCCUGCGCAUGGCGACCCUGACCACAUUCAUACGGCUCCUAGAGAUCAAGGCAACAGAGCUGGAGGGCAGCGAGGGCACAGGCCCGUUAGAGGAAGACGAACGGCUCUUGCAGACCUUAGCACAGCCUACGGCACCAUCAGCGACUGGUGGUGCUGCUGGUGCUGCGGCGGGCACUGCCAGUGCUACUGCGGCGGCGCAGCAGCAGGAAGCAGAGCAGCGGGAACGCCGCCUGCGAGCCGCGCUGGUGUAUCGGGUGGGGCAGAAGCGGCUGGCACGAGCGUGGCUGGUGCGGGCAAAGGGCGAGCUCCAGAACAUGCUGGCGUUGAUGCGGGAUAUGCAGUUCCGGCAAGAUGUGCUGGAACGGGGCGCCACCCAGCAAUAG